AAUGAACGACUCAAUUUCAACCUCUUUGUUUUCUUUAUUUUCCUCACUGUUCGUUUGACUUUAUCAUUCAAUAUUCAAUAAUUAUUUCUCAAACUUUUGGGAACUAUAUUUCUCUACAAAUAGAAUUAAAAAACUAUGGCAUCAACAAUAAUCUUUCAUUUAGGACUUAAUUAGAAUUUUAUAGGGGUAAAGAAUGCAGCUUCUUCUUUAUCAUAAUUUGUUUUGUUGGUUUUGGUACAUAGUUCCCUUCUUGGGAUUGCAAUACUUAUUAUUGCACAUCUUAUGGCAUACUACUAGAAAAACUCCGGCGAAGAUUCCGGCAGGCAACUGGGGAAUACCGUUCAUCGGAGAAACCAUCCAUUUCAUGGCUGCCAUCAAUAGCAACAAAGGCUUCUAUGAUUUCAUCAAAAUUCGACGACUCAAGUACGGGAAUUGCUUCAAAACAAAUUUAUUUGGGCAAACACAUGUAUUUAUCUCGAGCACAGAGGCAGCAAAGAAAAUUCUAAGUAACGAGACAGGAAAUUUCACGAAGAGAUACAUAAAGUCAAUUGCGGAACUUGUGGGAGACCAAAGCCUUCUUUGUGCAUCACAUCACCAGCAUAAACGUAUUCGUAGUCAUCUUAGUACUUUGUUCUCAACGGCAAGUCUUUCAACAAUGGUUAGACAAUUUGAUGAAUUGACUGUUGAUAAUCUUAGCACCUGGCACCAUAAAUCUAGAAUUACUAUACUUCACGAAGCUCUAAAGAUAACCCUCGAAGCAAUCUGCAAAAUGUUAAUGAGUUUGGAAGAAAAAAAGGAACUAGAAAUGUUGCAUAAGCAUGUUGGGUUGAUUUAUGAAGCAAUGCUAUCAUUUCCACUAAGACUACCAUGGACCAGAUUCUACAAAGGCCUACAGGCCAGAAAGAGAAUUAUGAAGUUGCUGGACAAGAUAAUAGAGGCAAGAAGAAAGUCCAAAAAGAAGUACGAUGAUUUUCUAGAUCAUAUUUUGAUUAAGGAUGAUCAAACCAUACAAUUAACAAAUGAGCAGAUUAAAGAUAAUAUACUAACCAUGAUUAUUGCAGGUCAAGACACCACGGCUAGUGCAAUUACAUGGAUGAUCAAGUAUUUGGAUGAAAAUCCCGAGGCACUUAACAGACUUAGGGCUGAACAACAAGCUCUUCAGCAGAAGGUUUCUCGUAAAGCAUACCUCACAUUUGAAGACCUGAAUUGUAUGCCGUAUGGAUCUAAGGUUAUUAAGGAAUCACUUCGAAUGGCUUCAAUUGUGCCCUGGUUUCCAAGAAUGGCACUUCAAGAUUGUGAAAUUGAAGGAUUUACGAUCAAGAAAGGUUGGAACAUAAACGUGGAUGCUAAAUCAAUUCAUUUUGAUCCAAUGAUAUUCGAUGAUCCAGAUCAAUUCAUUCCUUCAAGAUUUGAUGAUGAUUCAAAACCAUACAGCUUCUUAGCAUUUGGAAUGGGAGGAAGAACAUGCCUUGGACUUCAUUUGGCUCGAGCCAUGAUGCUUGUUUUUGUCUAUCGUUUAACCACAUCCUACAGGUGGAAAGUAUUAGAUUCAGAUGAAGUAGAAAAAUGGACACUUUUCUCAAGAUUAAAAAGUGGUUGUCCUAUACGUGUUGCAUCUAUAGAGGAAGAGAGGGAGUUCCCUAAUGCAUCGAAAACAUGAAGCCAAAGUAUCCACAUUGCAAUUAUUUGAGUUUAGACGAAUUGCCAAUAUUUCGUAAUAUCGAGAGAUGUAGAGAGGAGUUACUUAGCUCUUGUGUUUCUCAUCAAUUUUAGGGUUGAAAACUUUUCACCUCCAAGUUUAGAGGUUAUCCACUAUGCUACAAUAUUUUGAUUUUGGCAUGUUACAUUUCAAACUUUAGACCUAUAUGACACAUAUAAUACAAAUCUAUGACUUUCAGACAGGAUUUAAUUAUGGGUAAAAAUCUUGUGACUCUCACAUAUUAUAAUCUUGAGGGCAAUUUGUUGUCAUCUUUUAAAAAUGGUUUCUAUUUGAAUGGA